AUGGUCGCAGGAGAUGCGGGAUUCUCUCCUUCAAUAAUCUCCCACACAUCUACCACAUCCAACGGGGCCCGGCACGAUGCCCUUCCUGCGGAGACGGCUGGACUCCAUAUUGACCUGCCACACCUCGCGACGGCCACAGAGAUUGCGCUGGGGACUCUUUCCACCCUUCCUACUCCUCUGCUUGUCUUGUCCUCCUUGAAGACCGUCAUCCUCGCCAACUCUGCCGCAGGAAGGCUGUUCGGGAUCGACCAAGACGCGGCCGACUCCACCGUCACCGACAUCCUCCAAGGCCAGACUCUCUCACAGAUUGGAAUAGACAUGGUCUCCGAUGGCAUACCGAUAUGGGUCAGCUGGGAGAAAUUCCUUGACAAUCUCGCACGGGGCUUGCAAACGGUCCCGGGGGACGGGGUUCCAGUCGCUGAACUGCUCCCGACCAUUCACAACGGAGCCACCACUCCGACGGCUUCCUCCUCCUCAGGGUCGCGCAGAGAUCGCUCGGCCCCGCGACAGAGAACGCAGAAAUCCCAGGACACCGUGGUCGAUGUUGCCAUUUCCUCUUACCAUGGCCCGGCUGCUCCUCGUCACGGUCGACAGCCUAUCACACAGAAUAAGGCGCGAAGCCCGGGGGUUUCAGCAACCUGCCGCAUGAUCAUCAGCAUCUGGACUGUGGAAGGCCAGCGUUUCUUCACCUUGACCUUUACCAGCGUGUCUGCCCACCAGCCUCACAAAAUGCGGCCCGGCUCUCAAGCAUCUCGCGGCAACGCGUCCACGAACUCGGCCCAAUCCUCUCGCUCUUCGCAAUCUCAGACGCCGACAUCUUCGGCCUCGAGUUCGCAGGUCGGCUCUCCCGCCGAAACCCCCAAUACGGUCUCAUUCCCUCCCAGCGGUGGCCCCGGCCCAUGCGCCGCGUCUUCGACUUUGACCGACUUUCAAAAAGUUCUCAAGAUGAAAAAUGCCAUGUUGAAUGCCAUCGAGAUUCCUCUCAUCGCCAUGUGGAAGGACGAAAGCGUUGUAUUCCCAAACAUGGCCGCCCGCCGUCUUUUGGCCGUUGACGCGGAUCCCACCUCCGAGAAUUCCUACGACUUCCUGUCUCGGUUCACCCCAUGGUCGGCGGGUUUCGCUCGACAGCUCCAGGAGAUCGACAACCCCAUCAUUUCUCUCUGCCGAACCCAGAAGGCGUUCACGAGCUGGCAUAUUGGCAUGAUCGAUGAGAAGACGGGGAAGAGGUCCAAUUUCGACGUCAGCGGCCACCCGGUCUUUGACGAGAAGACGGGAGAGUUCCUCGCCGGAUUGAUCGCGUUCAAAGACGUGACUUCUUACACCGAAAAGAUUGCUCUGCAGACCGCGGAAAAAGAAGAACAGUUUCGUCUGAUAUGCGACAUGAUGCCGCAAAUGUGCUGGACCGCCAGAGCGGACGGCUAUCACGAUUAUUUUUCUCAGCACUGGUACGACUAUACGGGUUUAACCCCGGCCAAUUCCCUAGGCCCCGGCUGGAAAUGGCCGUUUCACGAAGACGACACGCCCGACACCAUUCGCCGAUGGUCACAUUCGCUCGCCACGGGCGACGAGUUCAGAACCCAGUACCGUUGUCGGCGGCACGACGGUGAAUGGCGAUGGAUGCUGGGACGAGCCUUACCACUGCGAGACCACAAGACGGGAAAGAUUUUGAAAUGGUUUGGCAGUUGUACCGACAUCCAGGACAUCGUGGAUGCGAAGAUUGCCAGCCAAAGAGCCCGACAGAAUCUCUUGGAUGUCCUCAAACAUUCGCAAAUGACGUUGUGGAUCAUCGAUCGGGAGGAGAAGGUGACGUUCUUCGAGGGCAAUCUCAACGCCGACGGCCAGCCCAAGGACGACAGUAUCGGAAUGUCCAUAUAUGAUUUGCUGGCGACCCAGCUCGAUCCUGGUAGUAUCCGUGAAUUCAAGGGUGCCGUGGAGCGCACUCUGAACGGCACAUCUGAUUGGGAAGUCUGCGAAAAUGUGAUUCAGUCAAGAUGGUUUCGAUCCAAACUCGUCCCGCUCAAGGGAAAGCGAGGUCCCAAUGGCGUCGAGGAUGACGACUACAUUGCCGGCGUGAUUGGCAUCGGAACGGAUGUCACCCAAUUGCGACAGAAAGAACAAGAGAACAUAAAGCUCCUGGCCAAUGAAGCCGCCGCCAAAGAAGCGAACAAGAUGAAGAGCAAUUUUCUGGCCAACAUGUCUCACGAGAUUCGAACCCCCAUCGCCGGUGUGCUCGGAAUGUCCGAGCUGUUGAUGGAUACGGCAUUGGACAAGGAGCAGAGCGAGUUUGCUCAAAACAUUCAAAGAUCCGCCAAUUCUCUCUUGACCGUGAUCAACGAUAUCCUCGAUUUCUCCAAGAUCGAAUCCGGCCGACUGGAUAUUGAGGAAGUCCAGUUCAGUUUGGGGGUGGUCCUCCAAGACGUGGCCAAGAUGCUCUCCUUUGCCGCCCAGCGAAAAGGACUCGAGUUUCGCCACGAAAUCAAUCUGGGCCCGUCGGAUGAUUCCGUUUUGCUGGGGGAUCCUGGUCGAGUUCGUCAGAUUUUAACCAACCUAUUGACCAACAGCAUCAAAUUUACUUCGGACGGUUAUGUCAGAAUGAGCACCAGCAUUAUCAGUGAGACGACAGACACCGCCACGAUCGAAUUUUGCAUCGAAGAUAGCGGAAUCGGCAUCGAGGAAGAAGUGAAGAAGAGGCUCUUCCAUCCUUUUAGCCAGGCCGAUUCCAGCACGGCCAGGCGAUUUGGAGGUACCGGCCUUGGCCUGACGAUCUGCAAGAACCUUGUUGACUUGAUGCAUGGCACCAUUCGUCUUGAUUCCAAGUUGGACUCUGGAACCAAAGCUACCUUCCGCAUUCCCUUCAAGAAGCCGGAGUACCGGACGGGAUCUUCAGUAACAUUACUAGACAUCGGCAUGAUGCCCGACCGGUUGCAAUCCGACUUAUCCCUAUCCCUCACAGGAUCUUCCCGGGAAGAGGUUCGAAAAGGCCAAAGGGUGUCACCGCCCUUCAACAUUUCCAAUCCCGCACACCAGAGGGCUCAGCGCUCCUCGAUGGCACCGACAGAUCCCAGAGCAGAACCUCCAGUACCCGAGAUUCAGCGAGAGCAAUUUCACAUUCUGGUUGUUGAAGACAACCCGGUUAACCAACAAAUUGCCCUGAAAUUCAUCCGAGCCCUCAAGUUUUCGGCGAACGCCGUAUGGAACGGGAAGGAAGCACUGGAAUAUCUCCUUAAAGCUACGUCUUCGGAACUAACUGCCGACCAAUCCAAGGAGUAUCCGGUGCCGUCCCUGAUACUGAUGGACGUGCAAAUGCCUGUUUUGGACGGUUAUCACGCAACACACAUGCUCAGGCACCACGCCCCGUUCACCACCAUCUCGGCGAUUUCUCGAAUUCCGAUUGUGGCCAUGACGGCGUCUGCAAUUCAAGGUGAUCGAGAAAAAUGUGAGAGAGCAGGAAUGGAUGACUACAUGGCGAAACCUGUCAAAAGAAUGCUUCUGGAGCAGACAAUCUUGAAAUGGGUGGCAAACGGCCGUAGCGGGGGACUCGCCCGCGGAACGUCAGAGACGACAACAGACCUUCCGAAGCCGCCCUUGGCGCGAGCAUGUACCGACCAUUCGUCGGCUUGCUCGGAACACGACAUUAUCGCCGCCGAGAUCUUUGCCAGACAUGCCAAAGACUCCCUGGCGAAUCAUGCUUCGUCCGCUGCUGCACCCCAUUCAGCCACCGUUGCCGGAAAAGCCCUGGCCCGUCGGUCGAGCAUAUCCAGAUCCAUUCUUGAAACAGAAAUACCGGGGGAAGAGACGGAGGGGGACCGGGAGAUGCGACGAGCCGAAGCAGAAGACAAAGCAAGAGCCCUGCGGGAUGCGAAAUUGUUGUCGGCCACGGAAAAUGAUCAUGGCCAACCCCCGAUAGCUCCUACCAUCAUGCUGGACGACAUGUAUUCCUCGAGUACGCGCCCGGCCCAUCUGUCAACCGGGUGCGCUCAACCCGCUGAGAGUAGAGCGGGUGCAUCGCCGAUGGCGUUAACUGAGGAAAACGUGUCGCUGUUCAACAAUGCACAAGACGGUACGUUCGAACAGCAAAAAAUGCCGUCACCCAAAAUCGAAUCAGAUGGCGAAGCUUAUCCCAUACCCGACAUCCCGGGGCCUCCGCCGGAGGGACUGCUGCCAGCAGUGGACCUAGCGGGUAUGGAUGCUAACGCUGAAGCACUAGUCCAGUCAUUGCUAGAAUCAACGCCGCAUUCCGCCCAUACAAUAGAAACUCGGACAGGAUCUGAAGAGUCAGGCAGUUCUUCCCAAGAAAAUCGACGAAAUGUCGGCGGUCUGAUGCCGGGAUAUCGACAGAACAGUGACUGGACUACCAGAACAGCAAGACCGGAGAAAUCAUGA